CAUAAUAUAAAUUUCGGGAUAAAUUUAUAUUAUUUAAAAGAAAAUGUCAAAGCUAGGAGAUUUUCCUGCGCUUGGAGCCGGGGAAGAGAAGAAGGUACAAGCACAAAAGCCUCAGAGCACUCCAACUAACGGUACUGAAGAAGCAAAGGCAGCUAGCAGUGGUACCGAUAAGCCAAAAGCUAAACUCAAGCUCGGAAGCAAAACUUUUGCGGCUAGGAAUUUCACUCCGAAGAAAAAGGAGUUUAUCAAUUACUAUAUUCCUCAUGAAGAGCCAAGUAUUAAAGAAACUGAGUACUUCCCAACCCUCGGAGGUGGCCCAGUAGAAGAGCCAAAGGAAACUGAGUCUCAGCAAAAACACAAUGAAUUUUUACAGGAGCACGAAGUAUUUAAACAGUAUAUUGGAUUGCUACCUAGAGAUUUGUGGUUUGUUCCAAAUGAAAUGAUUGAUGCUGCUGGAUAUCCAAUCAUGGCUAACCUUCCAGAUUUGUAUAUUUAUAUGUGGAAUACAUACAACAUGUUCUUCAACCCAGACGGUACUUGGAAUACGCUAACUACAAAUGCAGAGACUGUUCGUUCAACAUUGGGAGCAUUAUGGACUCACGCUGAGUGGAGAGAUAGAGUUCUUGAAGAAGAGCAAAUAGCAAUGGAGAAAUAUGAAAGGGAAUUAGCUGAGUGGGAAAGAGAGAAUGCUGAUUAUUAUGACGAUGAUGAUGGCAUGGGUCUCGACGAUAACUUCCAGCAAAAGAAAAAGAACAAAAAGGGCAAGAAAACCAGAAAGAAGAAGCCAAUGCCUCCUCCAAAGCCAAAAGGUCUCGAAGACUAUAAGAGAUUCCAAAGAGACAAAGAUGACCCUGUCAUUGCUAAGCCCAAGACUGGUUUCAAAGAGCCUGGAGAAAUCGCUCUCGAGAAGCCUCUUGUAGAAGUUGACGAAAGCAGAGUUCCUUCUAGUUUGGUCUUCAUCGGUCACGUUGAUGUCGGAAAGAGUACCAUCUGUGGUAACCUCAUGCUUAUGUCCGGAAUGAUCGAUCAGAGAACCGUCGAAAACUACAAGCAGGAAGCCAAAGAAAAGAACAGAGAUUCAUGGUGGCUUGCCUAUGUCAUGGACAUCAGUGACGACGAGAAGUCAAAAGGAAAGACUGUCGAAGUCGGAAGAGCUUCAUUAGAAACUCCAGGCAGAAGAUACACAAUCUUCGAUGCUCCUGGUCACAAGAACUACGUUCCAGACAUGAUCAUGGGUGCAGCCAUGUCUGACUUGGCUGCUCUGGUUAUCUCAGCCAGAAAAGGAGAGUAUGAGUCUGGUUUCGAAAGAGAUGGACAAACCAGAGAACAUGCUCAGCUCGCCAGAAGUCUCGGAGUCGACAGACUGAUUGUCAUCGUCAACAAAAUGGAUGAGAGUUCAGUAGAGUGGUCUGAAGAGCGGUACCAAGAAAUUGUCAGUGGAAUCACUCCAUUCCUCACCGAAAGCUGUGGAUUUGAACCAGAAAACCUCACUUUCAUCCCAAUCAGUGGACUCACUGGAGAGAACAUCGACAAGAUUUCAGACAAGUCGCCUUGGUACACAGGACCCACUCUGCUGGAGUGCCUGGACUCAGUGGAGCUACCGGAGAAAGACCCACAAGGCCCUAUCAGAGUCCCCGUCAUUGACAAAAUGAAAGAUAGAGGUAUUGUCGCAUUCGGUAAGGUCGAAAGCGGAACCAUCGAAAUUGGAACCAGACUCACAGUGAUGCCAAAUGACAGACACUGCCAGGUCACUGGAAUCCUCAACUGCAAGCAGGAGUUCGUCAAGUACGCGGCCGCCGGAGAGAACGUGCAAAUCAAAGUGCGGAUGAUCGACGACGAGAACCUCAUCAACAGAGGAGACGUGCUGUGUCCCUUCGACGCUCCCUCUCCAAUCACCGAAUUAUUCGAAGCAGAGCUUCAGGUUCUUGAGCUCUUGCCUCACAGGCAGAUCCUUACUCCGGGAUAUAAAUCCAUGAUGCAUUUGCACACGAUCGGAGACGAAAUCGUGGUCAAGUCAUUGAAAGGAAUCUACGAACAAGAUGGUUCGGGAAAGGAAUACCUUAACAGAAAGGCUAAGUACGCGAAGUCUGGCUCCAAGUGUUUGGUCACAAUCACGACCAGAAUCCCUGUCUCACUUGAGAAGUACGAGUUCAUCGAGCACAUGGGCAGGUUCACUCUCAGAGACGAAGGCAAGACCAUUGCAAUUGGUAAAGUUCUUAGAUAUAAGCCAACAGUACUGGCCAGUGCAGAAGGAGCGAAUCCGCUAGAAGAGGCCAAGGAUGCGAGAGGUAGCGGUGCCGAAGCUGAAGACUCCAAAGAAAAUCAAUAAGCGUGAGGAGAAAUUUUGUCAAGAAAUCUCCCGCGAACGGCAUUGCGUCUCAGUAAGAAUGAAGGUUGAUUUCAAGACAAGAGCAUAA